CUCGAAUCUCUAUAGUGGCUAAUCUCCAUCCCUUCAUACCCUCGAAUCCCUUUCAUUACUAUUCUACUCGAAAAAUCAACUAUUUUCCUUAAACCGAAGAAACCUUACACACAGCAAACUAAUAAACUCUUUUCUUUAAAACCAGAAAAUAAAUAGCCAUAACGUUCUUUUAUCCUCACUUCCUGGGGAGUCUUUCCAAUCUCAAUAAAAAGGAAUUUUCUUUCUCCUUGGUAGCGGUAAAAAAGAGUAAAAUUUCCUUUCUUCAUUUCCUAUACAGUACUACCUAAUUUAGAAAGAGAUAAUUAUAGUAAUUGAAUUAUUUUACUCGACAAAGCCUACGAAAGGCGCUAUUUCUCAUAUUUCUUGUACAUCCGUUCAAUUAGACAUUGAAAUGUAUUAAUUUUCUUCCUUUUCUUUGUUUUCUUUUUAUAAAAACGUCAAACUAAUUUUCAAAAUAUAUUAAAUAAUUAUUUCAAUGUCUCAUGAUAGAACUUCCCCUAUGUCGUCUAUCUAUCGUCUACAGACCGACAGAAGAGGCUACAUCGACGAUCUUGCAUCAAGGACGUCAUCCAUUAUGUCAUUUACAAGCGUUGCUAAUCCUAGCCCGAACGAGUUAAAAGACAGUGAUGAAUUGGAACUUAGACAAUUUUUGGAGGAAGAAGAUAAGGAAUUAGCCAAGUUGUUAAGCUAUUGCGACGAUAUGAAAAAAUCGAGGGUAAAAAACGAGGAAAAAUUGCAACGUUCUUCAAGCCAAAACCUUACGAAUUCACCUCACAGCGUAAUUGUUCGUCGUGGAGGUCGUAGUUCAACGGAUGGGGUUGUGGCUUACGAGUCCCUGGGCGGGUUUGACAAGAAUUUGAGCAACACCCUAAAAAUUGACAUACCAGAUGUACCGAAAUCAAAGAAAGAAAAACCCAAAUUGCCACUAGUUACAAACCCUUAUACUGGUGUCCACUUAGAGUUUGAUCAAGAGGAAAGAACUCAAGAGGCUGAUUAUAGGCUUUUAAGAACAAAAUGGAGUAGAUCUUACGCUGAGGUAACUGGGGCCAAACGUGGUAUGGGAGCGGUCGAAUGUAUUCUUCCUCAGUUACCAGUUUUAAAUUCUAACGAGGUAAAGUUCAUUCGACAAAAAGAAACAGGCGAACCUAUAUGUCUGGGAUCAGGAUCAAGGGCAGCGUGUUUUUUAGGGGAAUUUCAGAAUCAUACAGUCUGCGUAAAGAUUUAUAAUAAUGCGAAUGUCGUUCUGGUUGUCAAAGAGGCUAAAAUGAUGCAACAUCUUUAUCAAUCUGAUCCAAAUAUUGCUCCCAAAUUUUUUGGCUUUAUACAUUUAGCACCCCAUUUAGAGCACCCAUUCGUCAGUAUUGCUUUAGUAGUAGAGUUCAUUGGUGAUUACGAAAGGCAACAAUCGACCAGCCUACAACAAUUAGUCGAUAUGGAACAGGCGAGAAGGGCGGCAGGAACUCACUUUAUGAGAAAUGUAGAAUGGUUAGCUCUACUGUUAAAAGUCGGUACCGUAUUAGAACAAGUGCAUCGCAAAUUGAUUAUACUUGGUGGAAUGAGAGCGAGACAUAUUGGAUUAAAAUGGAAAGGAUUCGGAUAUGAUAAACCGUGUAUACUUAAUGUGUUUAGGGCAAGACUUCUUUCAGUUUCUACAAUUAAACAUCAAAAGGAUAAGGAUGAAAUAAUAAAAAUUGGUAAUACCGGCCACGAGACUGAUGCAACAUCAAUGGCUGCCUUAGUGUCCGACAUAAAUAAAGCACUUAAACUUGGGUUGGAUGAGGCUACGUCCCAUGCCAGAAGAGACGCUCCACUUAACGAUUGGUGGGGCCUUCGUGACACAAUUCGAUUUUUAGCAACACGGCUUAACGCGGCCCUUGGUUCAGAGGCCGGAGGCGAUCGAAAUAAAAAUAACACGCUUCCGUCGAAGACCGAAAAAUGUUUAUGGAACAAAGUUAUAGAAAGCUCGAAAAAUCCAUCAGUUAAAAGUCCUUUGACAAAUUUCAGAUCAAUAGACCCUACUUCGGCCGAUCUAUCAUCUAUUCAAUCCAAGUAA